GCAGUAGUAAAAACCUGCAACAAACCACCACUUCGAAAAGAAACAAAAAAACAUUACGGCACUAUCACGCAAUCAUGCUUCGCUGGUACCAACGAAAGCUGGCCUCUCGGCCCUUGUUGACGCAGAGCGUCACAACUGCCGUGCUGUUCGCCGUCGGCGAUAUCACCGCGCAGCAGGUCGUCGAGAAGAAGGGUCUUGAGAAGCACGAGAUGGCUCGAACGGGUCGCAUGUUCCUCUAUGGUGGUGCCAUCUUCGGCCCCGCCGCAACGACCUGGUUCGGGAUCCUGCAGCGGUCGAUCCGGCUGCGCAACCCGCGGGCGGAGACGCUGGCGCGCGUGGCCGCGGACCAGCUGCUGUUCGCGCCGACCUUCAUCGGCGUGUUCCUGUCGAGCAUGGCGGUCAUGGAGGGCGGCUCCCCCCGGGACAAGCUCGCCAAGAGCUACCUGCCCGCCCUCCAGACCAACUACCUCAUCUGGCCCUUCGUCCAGAUGGCCAACUUCACCUUCGUGCCCCUCCACCACCGCGUCCUCGUCGUCAACCUCGUUAGCAUCGGCUGGAACUGCUACCUCAGCAUGAUUAAUAGCAAGAAAUGAAGUGGAAAUGGAAAACGGAAACGGACUGGAACGGAACGGAACGGAAUGGAAUGGAACGGAAC